AUGGCCGCAAUCUCUUCGCACAAUCCCUCUAUGGAGGUCGACAUAGCUCCAGAGCUUCAACAGAUUUUAACUUUAGCAAAGGAAGCCGUGCAAAACGAAACUGAUGGCCUCUAUAACGAUUCAGCGCUUUUAUGGCGACAGGCCGCCAGUAUUUUAGUGGCAUACGCUAAUGCAAAUAUUGAUCCCGAUGAAGUGGGAAUUGUUACAAAGGUAAAAUCGUUAAUCGGUUGGUUAGUAUCACGAGCAAUAGAAAACAACAAUGUCAAGCAACUAGCGCCCAAUUAUACAAACAAAGGCGUUUACUUUUUCUUUACUACCAAUUUGUUGAGUAAAAUAGAGCCAGCGAUAAAGAGACGUUAUUAUGGACUGUUUAUUGGCUAUCCAAAAACUAAAGAAGCUAUUACAUCAUUAUAUCGUCACAACUUGGCCAAUUUUAAGAAUACUGUUAGCGAACAAACCAUAGAAACUUUAGCAACGGCCAAUGAUAAACUUCUCUCGCCUAGCGCCAUUGCGAGCAUAGUCAAAUUAGCUUCCACUUUGGCCAAUAAGAUUACUACGAAUGAUAAGUUUCGUAGAGUAGGAAAUCACUUGUACAUUAAAGAUCCCAAUGGUUCCUAUACGUUUGCCGAUGUUUCUAAGGAAGAAGGAAAACCUAUCACAAAGCACAUUUUAGAAAUUGUACCCAUUAAUGAUAAUAAUCUGAUAAAUGCGUGGCGUGCUACACCAUCUGCCAUUACGGCUGAGGAACUAGAACGUUAUAAAGAUGAGGCCAAUUGUAAAGUUCGAUUUUGGUUGAGAAAAUUAUACACAUAA